UGUGACUCCGGUGAGCGGGAUCGGGCCGGUCGCGUUUCGGUCCUCGUCAAUCCGACUCCCGAAGAUGACUGCGAGGAAGUCCGGCUCCCGGCUGGAGACCGAGAUAGAGCGAUGCCGGUCAGAAGGGCUGUGGGAUAAGAUACCGGAGUUGGUGCGACAGCUCUCGGCCAAACUAAUAUCAAACGAUGACCUUGGAGAGCUGUUGCUGGGGGAGUGUAAACUCCAGACAUAUCUGAAGGAGAACCCCAUCAAACCGGGAGCCAGCCCUAGGGGACCACGGCCUAAACUGGUUGAGGUCAGGAAGCAUCUCACUGCUGCCCUGGACAGAGGAAACCUCAAGGCUGACUACCUCCAGGAAGCCAGUUUGCUGAUGGCAAAACUCUGCUAUGUGGAGGGGGACUACAGAGAUGCCCUAGGUCACUACAGCAAAGUCAACCUGGAUGAAUUACAGCUGCAGGGAGCUCCUGUCUACAGACUGUCAAUAAUAGCUGAAGCCUAUGCUACUAAAGGAUUGUGCCUAGAGAAAGUCCCGGACGCCUCCCCGUCUUUGUCUAAUAAGAAUGCAGCUUCUCCCUCGAUGGCCAAUAGGGGUGUGUGGGAGCGGGACCAGGAGAUCAUCACCUGCUAUGAGAAGUCUGGUGACAUCGCUUUACUCUACCUGCAGGAGGUGGAGAAGGCUUUGUCUGCGGGGAUGCAAAAUCGCAGUCCAAAGCCCGGCCCCACGGCUCAGGACCAAGAGCUGGGCUACUUCCUGAUGGGCCUGCAAAGAGCACAUGUCAUUCACUUCAAAAAUGGCAACCUGACACGGGGCGUGGGCCGAUUCCGAGAGAUUCUACGCGCCGUGGAGACCAGAACCACCCAGAAUCUCCGCAUGACCAUAGCCAGGCAGUUGGCCGAGAUCUUGCUCAGGGGGAUGUGUGAACAGAGUUACUGGUCUCCUCUGGAAGACCCACCCACUGUGUCUCCUGACGAUCCCACACGACAAGGACAUACUCAAACCAAGAACUACAACCUCAGCCGACGCCCAAGAGUCUACUCUGGAGAGAAUCUGUUUUGUCCACAGGAGAAUACAGAGGAGGCCCUGCUGUUGCUGCUCAUCAGUGAAUCCAUGGCGAACCGUGACGCUGUGCUGAGCAGGAUACCAGAACAUAACAAUGAUCGUAUCAUCAGCCUCCAGUCCGCCUCUGUGGUGUACGACCUACUGACCAUAGCUCUGGGGAGGAGGGGGCAGUAUGAGAUGCUGUCUGAGUGCUUAGAGCGGGCCAUGAAGUUCGCCUUUGAGGAGUUCCACCUGUGGUACCAGCUCGCCCUGUCGCUGAUGGCGGCAGGGAAGUCAGCUCGGGCAGUUAAAGUCCUGAAGGAGUGCAUUCGACUGAAACCAGAUGACCCCACCAUCCCGCUUCUGGCAGUAAAGCUUUGUAUCGGACCUCUGCACUGGUUGGACGAGGGGGAAUGUUUUGCUAAGAUGGUGAUAGACAUGGGAGAGAAGGCAGCAGAGUUCAGAGCCAAAGGAUACCUGGCGAUCGGCCUGGUCUACAGCCUCAAGGCUACUGACGCGCCCUUACGAGGCACACAGGAAGAGUACCAGAGGAAAGCUUUGGGAGCCUUUCAGAGAGCUCAGAGUCUGUCUCCUACUGACCAUUUAGCAGCAUUUUACUUGGCACUGCAGCUGGCUGUGUCCAGACAGAUCCCUGAGGCGCUGGGCUAUGUCCGCCAAGCCCUGCAGCUCCAAGGAGACGACGUCCAUUCCUUGCAUCUGCUGGCCCUCCUGCUCUCCGCACAGAAACACUACCACGACGCCCUCAACAUCAUAGAGAUGGCCCUGUCAGAGUACCCCGAGAACUUUAAUUUAUUAUAUACCAAGGUGAAGCUGGAGAGUCUGUGUCGGGGACCAGAGGAGGCACUGCUCACCUGUAAACACAUGCUGCAAAUCUGGAAGAGCUUUUAUAACUUGACCAACCCCAGUGAUUCGGGGCGUGGCAGCAGUCUGUUAGAUCGAGCCAUAGCAGACAGACGACAGCUCAACGCCAUGACCCUGCCUGACUUCAGCGACCCAGAGACUGGUUCAGUUCAUGCCACGUCCAUAGCAGCCAGUCGUGUAGAGCAGGCUCUAUCAGAGGUGGCUUCCUCCCUACAAAGCAGUGCCCCCAAACAUGGCCCCCUGCACCCCUGGAUGACCCUGGCUCAGAUCUGGCUGCAUGCAGCUGAGGUGUACAUCAGCAUGUCCAAGCCCGCUGAGGCCACGGCGUGCACGCAGGAAGCCGCCAAUCUCUUCCCCACGUCCCAUAAUGUGUUGUACAUGAGAGGCCAGGUGGCAGAGCUCCGGGGCAACAUAGAUGAGGCCAAACGCUGGUAUGAGGAGGCCCUGUCCAUCAGCCCCACACAUGUCAAAACCAUGCAAAGACUGGGACUGAUUCUGCACCAGCUGCAGCGGUACAGUCUUUCAGAGAAGGUUUUGAGAGAUGCCGUGCAGGUCAACAGCACCGCCCACGAUGUGUGGAACAGCCUUGGGGAGGUGCUGCAGGCUCAGGGCAACGCCACGGCCGCCACAGAGUGUUUCCUCACCGCCCUGGAGCUGGAGGCCAGCAGCCCCAUCCUGCCGUUCACUAUCAUACCCAGAGCACUAUGAAGAGGACAUGCAACACAUAUAUAUAUAUAUAUAUAUAUAUAUAUAUAUAUAUAUAUAUAUAUAUACACACAUACACACACACACACGCACACUUACAUAUACAUACACACAUAUACAUGCAUACACACAUGCACCUAAACACUUUAACUAUUGUAGCCAGGGUUGACGUGCAGAAGACAGGUAUAUAGACUGUAGCCACAAGCAACACAUACAUACUAUGUAUAAAACUCAUGUGCACAUGCUGCUCAUACUCGCACUCUCUGACACACACAUACACACUUGUACUGCCAUACCUUCUGAAACACAACUGAACAUGAUAAACCAAUGCUAACGGCAUGUAAAAAGCUUUGCAUACAGUUCAGACACACAUGCCUAUUCCGUGUUACCCAACAAUGGGACUGUUGCCAUAACAACACUGAUGCCCCAUCCAGAAUUCCCACAGUGCUUUGGCCGUGACCCUUGACCUCCGAUUACAUUGCAGCUGAUGUCAUUUUGGAGAUUAGCCCCCAGCAUGCCUGUUACAGCUACCUUUCCGCAGGGUGUGUGCGUGUCUGUCUGUGAGACAACAUGUAGCUUAUGUACAUUAUUAUGCACUUUUUCAGUGUGCCUGUUUCCGUGUCUGCGCAUGUGCCGCCGUGUGUAUGUGUGUGCUAACAUUAUGCCUGUGUAUAUUUGGACAUGAUUUGUACAUACGUGUAUGUGGUAUGUUAUUUUGUUACCUUGCUUUCUGUAAAGAUGAACAAGAGAUUAUGACCCAAGUUCCUACUCGUACUGUCAAUCCAAAACCCAAGUUUACAUGUUGUUGAACUGUUACCAGUUCAUAGAAAUACAGUCUUCUCUGUUUUCUGUCCCCUUCUUUUCCUCCGAUACAGCCUCUUUUUCUCUGCUCCCCAACUCACACCGCCUUUCGCUACAUACUCCUCUUUCACACACACGGGGGCGGGGGGUAGAUUUUCUAGUUUACUUGAAAACUGAAAACAUCACUGGUUAUCUCCUCAUGCUCUUACACAUACACACCCUUCCUCUCACAUAAUAGACACACACUGCUGUCUGUGUAAAUGACCUUCAGUUACUGUAAGCAGGAUUUCUCACACCAAAUCUCUGAGAAUCUGCUGGAGUUCAGACGGGCGUCGCCAACCGAUCACCGAGAUACCAAAACAUUCACGAGGUCUAAAUGCCAAAACCCAGGCUGUGUUUACACCGGCACAGAAAAUCUGGUCCGCAAAUUGUACCGUUCAUUGAACAGCGGAUAAAUGUUCUUAUAAUCUUUUAAUUUUUAUUUAUUUUUUAUUGUGAAGAGUCCCCCAGCAGGGUUUAAGUUGAUCUUUUUGAAAAAGAUGCCUGCAAACAUACCCAGGAUCCUUUUUGUAGUGAUCCAACAUUUGUCUCGUAAGUUGAAUCAGAUUUAUUGUGUAUAAACUUUGCGGAAGGCAUCAUUGGUUUCCAGUUGCCAGACAUAUUUGCAGUCAAGAUGGGUAGAAAAACACAAAAAUACCCCAUUUUCUAUAGUGUGUAAACGCAACCCCAGUGUGUUUGGAUUGGUUUGUGUCCUGUCAAACUAUACAACCAGAUGAAUAUUUGCUUUUUUUGUUUGUUUUUUAACAUGAAUUUUGAUUUAUAAAUACAGAUGAUUAUUGUUGAUAUGUAUUUGAUAGUUCUAUGUGGAUUAUUGUUAUUUUAGAAAGUAAAUGAUAAUUUUAUCUUCUGGAGAACAAUGUUGGCGAGAUGCUGUUUGAGGAAUCAGAGGAUGAACUGAUUUGAUUGGUUGAAACCAUCUAGAUAGGCGGGAGGUAGAGGAUUCCUUUCCCGGGACCAAGGAACUGUAGUUAUGGGAAAGUGAGAAGAA